AGCCAUCAAUAUUCUUGAAGAUAUGAUCUCUGUCUUGAAAGUUUGAUUUCCGUUAGCAAAUGCCUGAAGCUACACACACUUAACAAGAAACAUUCCUCUCAGGCAACGAAGCGGGAGAGUGCAGUGUUGACUUGAUUAAAAUAGUAACAAAGCAUAGGAGCUAUCUAUGCCUAGCGAAACGGAACUGUAACACAGUGCUGAUCAUCGCUGCCGCUGGCCACAUUCUCCGGCCGAGAGGCCUUGGCAGCAUUUCUUUAAGAUAAUCCCUCCUAGUACCAUGGAAGAAAAGAAGCUGAAGGGAAGAGAAGAGAAAGGAAAGGAAAUCCUUCCAAGCAACGCCAGACGCACGCUUAUUUUAAGCCCUUUCUCCAGCUUUCUGGUCCACUGGAUCAUUCCCACAACUCACUACUGAAUCAAUGGCUCACAGGAGGGGAGAGGGAUCAUCCAGUGGAAUUGCUUGUCCAGCUGAGGCACCGUCGAGGCGCUUUUUCAAAGUAGUCCAUGAGGAUGCUCUCAAAGACAAGAAAAUGAUGAUUCCACCAAAAUUUGCAAGAAAUUUUGGAGCUGAAUUUCCUGAUGAGGCCAACCUAAUUGUCCCCAGUGGUGAUGUUUGGAAAGUGGGAUUAACAAAAUCCCAGAACAACGUUUUGUUUGAUAAGAAUUGGCUUGAAUUUGUUCAACAUUACUCAAUAGGUCAUGGGCAUUUUCUUGUAUUCCAAUACAAAGGUUUGUCAAAUUUCAAAGUCCGCAUAUAUGAUACAACUUGCUGUGAGAUUCAAUAUUCACCUGUUGAGACGUUGAAUUCUACAAAUACAACUCCAAGCCCAUCUUGCUCUUUGAAGAACAGAAUUAAGGUUGAAAGCACAAAUGAAGGGGAUUGCAGCAAGAGGCCAACUCAGUCAAAGCAGAAUCAGGGACAAAAGAAAUGCGGAAAAAGGGUUGCUUCUCCUGAGACCCCAAUUCUGGAGCACCACAGUAGGCCAAGAAGUGAAAAUGGUAAAGCUGAAAAUGCAAAGAUGACGAAUGACAUAUUUGCUACUGGGUUUGGAAAGCUAUUCUCAAUAAGUGAAAGCGCACGCCAUUCUUCCAGAAAGUUUAAGUCUGAAAGUCCCUGCUUCGAUGUUACAUUGCGAGAUUACCAUUUCACUGGCAAUUAUGUGUAUGUAAAAUCUUCAUUUUCUAAACAACAUCUGACUCCAAAACCUGAGUACAUUAAACUUCAACUUGAUGACGGAAGAGAGUGGAGAGUUCAACUGAAUGAACGGCGAAAUAAACGAAUGACUUUGGGAAAAGGAUGGCUUGCAUUUUCAAGAGAAAAUUAUCUGAAAAGUGGAGAUAUCUGCUAUUUUGAGCUUAUGAAGAUCAAUGAGCUGAAAGUUACUAUAUUUAGAGCUUGAAAAAGAGUAAUUAUUUGAGAAAUUUUUGCUUAGGCCUAGUUCAUAAUAGUCUUAAUACAAACAUUGAGACCAAUGGAUUUAAUAAGUGAGUUUCAUUGUACAUUUUAUUUCUUGAAUCCAUAGUUAAUUGAGUUUAGGCAAGAAAAAUCUGUGAUUAUUUUA